AUGCUGAUCUUUGCUGUCCUCCUCAUCAAUGUCAGUCUUUCCGUCUGUCUACCCUCGACAAAGGAUGAUUCAGAUGAGCAACGAGUGAAGCAGGGUCUGCAACUUCUAAACGAAAUCGUACUUACCCAGUCAUACCUUUUGGUAGCGAGAGACGUUCUACCCUCUACCAUAAGCAAUUUCGGCAACGGUUAUUAUGCAAAGUAUCUGGCUCACAUUGCUGAAGGUUCACGGUAUUUCACUCCGAGAUAA